AUGUCAGAACUACAAUCUCAAUCAAAUCAACCACCACCAUCUGAAGGAGAUAAUACAAAUGAUAAAAAUAACAGUAACAAUAAUGGUGGUAGUGGUGGAGCCAAGAAACCUGAUGAACAUAUUAAUCUUAAAGUUGUUGGAAAUGUAAUCUUCUUCAGAAUCAAAAGAACUACUCAAUUAAAAAAACUGAUGGAUGCUUACUGUGAAAGACAAGGAAAAUCUUUAGCAUCACUUAGGUUUCUUUAUGACGGUGAUCGUGUACAAAGUCACAAUACACCUGCAGAUUUGGAUAUGGAAGAUGGUGACUCUAUUGAUGUUAUGGUUGAACAAUUAGGUUUGUGA